AUGGCCCAACGAUACUCUCAGCAGAGCGGCCCCUCAGCCCCGAGGAGGACCCUCUUUGCCCUGAUAUCGACGAUAUCCUUGUUCGUGCUCGCUGUAUUCGUCGCAUCUAACUUGAAUGGAUCACCGAAGAUCAACAGCUUCAGGACCCAUGCCGCAGAUUCUGGGGCUGCGCGUCAAAAUGACAUGCCCCCGCCAGCAAAGACUCGGGCGACCGCGACUGGAGACAAGUAUCUUCUCGGUGUUGGAAAGGCUGAUAUCACUGGUCCCGUGGUGGAAAUCAACUUUGCCGGAUAUGCCGCCGCCAGUCAAACAGGCACUGGGUUGCGCCAGCGCAUAUACUCUCGAGCGUUCAUCGUCGGCGACGUCAACAACCCCAACGAUCGGUUCGUGUACGUGAUUCUUGACACGCAGUCUGGAGACACUGCCGUUAGAUAUGGGGUCUUAGAGGGGAUCGCGGCCCUAGGUUCCGAGUACUCGGUGUAUGGCCAGUCGAACUUGGCACUCACUGGGACGCAUUCCCAUUCUGGUCCUGGAGCUUGGUUCAACUAUUUGCUGCCUCAGGUCACCAGCUUGGGUUUUGACGAGCAGAGCUACAAGGCCAUAGUGGACGGCACAGUGCUAUCCAUCAAGCGGGCGCACGAGUCCCUACAAGAGGGCUAUCUUGAUUUUGAUACCGUUGAUAUCGAUGAGGCAAAUCUGAGCCGUAGUCUGUAUGCGUACAUGGCCAACCCCGAGUCAGAGCGAGCGCAAUACUCCGACAGUGUGGAUAAGACGAUGACGGUCCUGAAAUUCCAACGCGCCUCUGAUAGCAAGAACAUUGGUAUCCUUACUUGGUUCCCAGUUCACGGCACGUCCAUGUUGGAGAACAACACGCACGUAUCCGGGGACAAUAAGGGCGUUGCAGCACUCAUGUUCGAGAAAGCCAUUGACGGCGACGAUAGUGCUGCAGAUGGCUUCGUUGCAGGUUUCUCCCAGGCGAACGUUGGAGACACCACCCCAAAUGUCCUCGGAGCUUGGUGCGAUGAUGGCUCCGGCCAAAUGUGCAGCUUUGAAAACAGCACCUGUGCCGACGGCAAGUCUCAGUCGUGCCAUGGUCGAGGCCCCCUUUUCGAAAAACUUGACCUUGGUGUUUCGAGCUGUUACGAGAUUGGUCGGCGGCAGUACGCUGGAGCAAAGUCGGUUUAUGAUUCGCUCGGCUCAUCUGGAACACCCGUUGUCGGGACCUCUGUGAAGUCCUUCCACUUUUACAACGAUAUGUCGUAUUAUCAAUUUCCUCUCGACAAUGGUACCAUCGUUCAGAGCUGCCCUGCCGCUCUAGGUUACUCCUUCGCUGCCGGGACGACAGAUGGCCCCGGUGCGUUCGACUUCACCCAAGGAGACUCGGGCAGUCCCGAUGCGAACCCUAUCUGGUCUAUUAUCAAGGGUCUACUGAAGGAGCCUACGCCACAGCAAAAGGCGUGUCAGGCACCCAAGCCAGUCCUACUUGAUGUCGGCGAGCUGGACACACCUUACGCAUGGAGCCCCAACAUUGUGGAUAUUCAGUUGUUGCGAGUCGGCCAGUUCGUCAUCAUUAUCAGCCCAAGCGAAGCGAGCACCAUGGCGGGUCGCCGCUGGCGAGAUGCCGUGAAGGAGGCGGCGUCCGAGUUCAUAACCGACACGGAACCUAUUGUCGUCCUUGGCGGCCCCGCGAACACCUAUGCGCACUAUGUGACCACAACUGAGGAGUACGGGAUCCAGCGGUACGAAGGCGCCUCGACCCUGUACGGCCCGUUCGAACUGAACGCAUAUAUCAACCUCACAGUCAGCAACAUCCAGUACAUUGCCCCUACGGCGACUGGGUCUCCUCCACCAGGCCCGUCUCCCCCAGACAAUCGCGAAAACUCACUGAGCUUUAUCACGCCAGUCGUGACCGACAACGCCCCCUUGGGCCAGAGUUUCGGCCAAGUCACGGUGCAGCCGAACGCCAGCUACGCCCGCGGCGCCGUCGUCAACACAACCUUCGUGGGCGCGAACCCGCGCAAUAACCUGCGGCUGGAGGGCACCUUCGCGGCCGUCGAGAAGCAGAACGGCCUGUCGUGGACCCGGGUCCGGGACGACACCGACUGGUCGCUCGUCUACACCUGGACCCGGACCAACUUCCUCCUGGGCUACAGCGAGGUCGUCAUCAGCUGGGAGACCGAGGCGGACGCCGCGCCCGGCACGUAUCGGGUCAAGUACUACGGCGAUAGCAAGGCCUUGCUGGGCGGGCGUAUCACGGCUUUCGAGGGGACGAGUAACACCUUUACUUUGAGCUAG